CAGAAAAACCAAUCCAUUCACCCACCCUAUAAAAAACACUCUGCAAUUUUGAUUGAUUCCCCUAUUCCACACACAAGAAGACUCCUCAAUCAUCCAUAGACAUGGCCACCGUCACUUCUGCAGCAGUUUCUAUUCCCUCAUUCACUGGCCUCAAGGCAAGCGCAGGCAAAGUGAGUGCCGCCGCAGUUAAAGUCUCAGCUCCCCAAGCCACAAGGUUCUGCGGCAUCAAGGCUUCCCUCAAAGACGUUGGAGUCGCUGUUGUGGCCACUGCUGCGAGCGCAGUUCUAGCUAGCAACGCCAUGGCCAUUGAAGUGUUACUGGGCACUGAUGACGGGUCUCUGGUUUUCUCUCCCAACUCUUUCUCCGUGGCCCCUGGGGAAAAGAUCGUGUUCAAGAACAACGCAGGUUUCCCCCACAACGUUGUGUUCGACGAGGACGAGAUUCCUAGCGGCGUGGAUGCAGGGAAAAUCUCCAUGAGCGAAGAAGACCUUCUCAAUGCGGCUGGUGAGACUUACAGCGUUACUUUGGAUGCCAAGGGAACCUACAGUUUCUACUGUUCGCCUCACCAAGGAGCUGGUAUGGUGGGAAAAGUCACCGUUAAUUAAUUAUAUAUUGUCUCCUACGUCUAAGUUCUCAUAUGCUUGUUUUCCUAGAAGAGCCUAAUUCAUCUUUCUUGUUAGGGCCUAUGGGAUGAAUCAACAAUAUAAUGCCUUUGUGUAAUUCAUUUACCUCCUUUGCUUUCUUGUUUUAUAUCGGACUGUUUUUUUUUUUCUUUUCA